AUGCCGCCAGGAGUCCUGCUUAUUAGAUUCGCUGACGACUUGGCGGUAGAAGCGAGUGGGAAGACGGAGAACGAAAUCGUAGCUGUGACCAACUUAGCAGUGCAAAGGGUUGUGGAAUGGAUGAAAUCCAGAGGACUAGAAUUGGCGUCAGAAAAAACAGAGGCAACGCUGCUGGUGGAUAGAAAGAUUGUUAAACAGGUGACUAUCGAUAUAAUAGACACACCGGUCUUCACUCAACCACAAACUAAAUACCUAGGGGUAUUUUUCGAUCAGGGCGCUAAAAUGAAGGCUCAUAUUGUAAACACAAGCCGUAAGGCUGAAGCGACGAUAAUGGCUCUUAGCCGCCUGAUGCCGAAAAGAGAGGGACCAUCGUCAAGUAAGCGCAAACUGCUGUCGGCGGCAGCCGACUCGAUUAUGCUAUACGCUGCACCAGUAUGGCAAGAAUCUCUGAAACAUCUGAAGUAUAGAUCUAUGUUCCUCAAGAUACAGAGAAAACUAGCUAUCCGAAUAUGCAGUGCGUUCCGUACUGUAUCCACCGAUGCAAUAUUAGUAUUGGCGGGUAUAAUACCCAUAGACCUAUUGGUGAACGAGAGAACCGCCACACAUGGAAAAGAGCAAGCAGUUAAAACAACAGAAAAAGAAAACACGCUAACUAAAUGGCAAAGAAAAUGGGAAGCAACACACCACUUGGGCGCUUGGACCAAAAGACUCAUACCGGAACUUAAACCUUGGCACAAGAGAGGACAUGGGGAGAUAACGUACGCCUUGUCCCAGCUAUUAUGUGGACAUGGAUGCUUUGCAGUAUACUUCUGCAGAUUCAAAAUGAAAGACUCGCCACUUUGCCAGUAUUGUGGCAAUGAACAGGACGAUGUUUAUCAUACCUUUUUUGCGUGCCCUAGGUGGCAAAAUGAAAGAAGACGAGCUGAAACAGAAGCAAAUACCAUCAUAACCCCAGAAAACAUAGUCCAAACCAUGCUACAGUCUCCUACAAUGUGGAACGUGAUAUCUACUAUGGCGUCGAACAUUAUAACACAAAAGAGACGAAAGAACAAGAGCAAUUAG